UCCAGCCUCGCUCGGAGCUCGGCAGCGGCCGGAGCGAUCCCAGCGUGGCCAUGAAGGGUCCCCUGCGCGGAGGGAUCUUCUCCCGCCACGUCAAACGGCACCCCGGGCUCGUUCCUCUCAUUGGCUUCAUCGGCGUGGGACUGGGCAGCGCAGUGCUGUACCUGGUGAGGUUGGCACUGUACAGCCCUGAUGUCAGCUGGGACAGGAAGAACAAUCCAGAGCCCUGGAACAAGCUGAGCCCCACAGACCAGUACAAAUUUCUGGCAGUUUCCACUGACUACAAGAACCUCAAGAAGGAGCGGCCGAGCUUCUGAGCCAGCCCUGGGACGGGCUGGGCUGCAGGAGGAGCCCCCCAAAGACCCCCCCAGGAACCCCCCAAAGUUCCCUCAGCCCCCCCAGAACCCCCAAACCCCGUGGUCAUGUCCCACCCCCCAAUAAAGCCCAGCCCUGGGGGUGCCCCCUCACCCUCA